AUGGGAUAUAUCCUGAUUGGCCGGCCGGUUUUUGUCAAAACCAUUCCUCGAGCAAACGUGCUUUCUGAGAAAAGGAAACGGUUUGCUCAAUAUCAAGAAGGGGCACGAAAGGAUACAGAACGAGCAUUUGGGGUGCUCCAAAAGAGAUUUGCAAUUGUAUGCAACCCAGCACGUUUGUGGAAAAAAAGUGAAGUAGGAGAUGUUAUGAAAGCAUGCAUCAUAUUGCAUAAUAUGAUCAUUGAUGAUGAAAGAGAUGAUAAUGAAGACAUGAAUCCACCAAGAGAUGUCCAAUACACUGUAGAUGUGAAUCAAACAGAAAGUCCUGAACUUCAACAUGGUCUCCUUCGAAACUAUUAUGCAAACCGGGAACAAUACUUUGCAAAUCAUAUCCGAAUUCAUAAUCGUACUCAAUGUAAUCAACUUUAA